CGUUUUUUUUUUUUGACCUGCCAGCUAAACGGUGCGUACAGUUGCUUCCCGCGCUCUACUUGUUAACAUUAUAUGGAGGAUGGUAGGGUGGAACCCUAGCUCCAAAUGGAAGGACGGCAUGGAAGUGAUGUUGAAAGAGAAGAUGACGAUUCGCUUAGCGAGCUGCUUCGAGACCGAUUCAGACUCUGCACCAUCUCGAUCGCCGAAUCUGAAGCAAAGAAUGUUGGAAUGGACCUAUCUGGACCAAUAAUUGCUUGCAUUUCCGAUUUAGCUUUUAAAUACACAGAAGAGCUGGCAAAGGACCUUGAGCUGUUUGCUCAGCAUGCUGGUCGUAAAACUGUCACCAUGGAUGAUGUCAUACUUUCAGCUCAUAGAAAUGAAUAUGUAGCUGCCUCGUUGAGGUCCUUCUCCAAUGGUCUGAAAGCAAAAGAACCCCAAUCUGAGAGAAAAAAGAAAAGAAUGUCAAAAAAAGUAGACACGACUGCUAGUUCUGCACAUAUUCAUGAUCUUUAACAAAAGUACGACAUCUCAGGAAAUUGUGUAUUAUCACAUGCUAAAUUGUCAAAUGAAAAGGCCCAGUACUAUAUAAAAGCCAUGAUGCUGUUAAACUUGAAGCAGUUAGUUAACAGUUUCCGUUAGUCUUCUCUGUCUGUCACUGGUCAAGGGAUUUGUAUGAAUAUAUUGGAUCUACGCUUUUGAAUAUCAGCUAGCAAAAGACUACAGAUAUUUCUUCCUGCAA